UCCGCUCCACUUGCACCUCUACUUACUCAACAAUCAUGUCGGAUCGUUUCCUCUCACUCACACACCUAAGGCUCCGCUACCCAGACGGUCUACCGAUAUCUGUGGUUGAUGCUGUGCAAGCUGUUGAUAAGCUGCUAAACAGCGAAUGGUUUACUGAUACAUUCGCUGUCAACCGCCCAAAUAGUGAGAUUUUGGACGCUGUAAAAGACCUAAGAGUCUACAUCUGCGAUACAGCAACCUACAAUGCAGGGGUCCUCGCUGCCACGCACACAUUACCUGACGUUAUGGUCACCGAUGAGAUGGGCUGGUUUGAUGCCCGACUUGAUGAUGAGACCAUAUACCUUAAUGCGGAGUAUUUUACUCCCAGACCCUAUAAUUCGAGGGGUAUCCUCCCUGUAUUGGCCAUGGUGACUGUCGUGCACGAGUUGCAGCACUUUUUGCACUACAAUUUUAACGUGCCUAGUCCCAUCCAUCCGAUCCCUUCGAUGAGGACCAAAGAUCCUGUCGAGUCAGGACAUGAGUGGGAAAUCCGUAACCUUGGGGGGGUAUUAGGGAGAGCCUCUUUUGACAAAACCCCCAAAACGGUGAGAUUUUUGUUACAUAGUGUGGAGGCGAUUGAAAAUGGCACUAGGACCCAUUAUUAUCCGGAUUAAUCCGGUUAAUCAUAUCGCAUAAUCAGAACCCCCCUCUAUCGUUCAGAUUGGUGUGGCAUGUAUUGUAAUGUUUUUUUUUUAAACUGCGGUGAGGCGCAUGCCAAAGGUCUAUAAAAGGGAGGCCUUUUCCCUCUUUCCUCUUUACCCAUCCUCGACUCGAAGCAUCUGUGCAACGCUCAUUGCGACCCACACAACCUCAUCGCGACUCGGUCAACCAUGAGAAUGCCGAUGUGGUGGUGUCGAGGACCUCGACCGCCCGACAGCAACCAUGAUCAGAACCAGCGGCAACCAAUCGGAUCCGAUAACAAAACCUACUAUUAUACUGCCACAUUAGUUGAGCUUGGUUGUCUCCAAGCCUUGUCACUGAAAAUCCACCAGCUUGUGACGCUGCCCAGUCGAUUCGCUCCUGGAUGCAAGAGUCUGGCUUCAAUGCCAUCAAGAGUUCUGGAUCAAGGCUUAGUAGGGACCAUGUGUGGUGGUGGGCAGUUAUCCGGUUAGAACAACCGUUACGUAUUGCGUGUAUAAUUGCCUAGUAGUAGUUAGAUAGCUUUUCCGAACCGGUUGUCGCCGGUUUAUUCCCUGGUGUAGUAGCUAGUGCCAGUUUCUGUCACCUCUACACUAACAAGCUAGUGAUAACUUUUGAUGUCCUAA